GAGGACCUUGAGAUAGUUCUGAAUAGUUGAAUUGGCUUUCGACCUCGGCAUGGAGCAUCAAUGACCCGACCCCUGCAUCCCAUCUCGGCUUACAAUACGUAGCCAAAAGUGGGUUCAUGUUGACUUCGCAACUGGAACAAUUCAAAGUCCUAGAGGUAUAUCUCCAUCGUUGGUCUUAAUUCGAGCAAAACAUUGGUUCCCCUUCAAGACAAUAUUGUGAUUAUAUUUCCUAUUCAAUUCACUACUAUAAAUUCUGAACCAAUGUCUUCAAGCGACAUGAUGAAUGUGGACUACCCCACUCCUUCAAAUUCCAAAUCAACCAGUCCAAUGUCCAUAGACACACUCCAAGCCGCCCUCAGCGUCGCUCAGCAAGAAUACUCUCUUUCCAAUCCAAAAAGCUUCAAAGCUCAUAAUGAAGCAUGCUCAAACUUUCCAGGAGGGAAUACGAGGACUGUGCUACACGCCAGUCCUUUUCCUAUCACUUUUGGAAGUGGGGAAGGUGCGGAACUAGCCAGUCUUGAUGGUAAAGUGUACGUGGAUUUUUUGGGUGAGUAUACGGCGGGUAUUUUUGGCCAUUCGAAUGAUAAGAUUGCUUCGGCUGUUGCAGAGGCUAUGAGCAAAGGAUGGAACUAUGGAGGACCAAAUAUGUAUGAAAGAGAACUUGCUAGAAAGGUCACCCAAAGAUUCUCCCCGUCCGGCGUCGAGCUCGUCCGCUUCACAAACUCAGGCACAGAAUCAAACACUAUGGCUCUGGCAGCCGCACUAGCUUUCACCAAACGCAAGAAGAUUCUCGUCUUCAAAAACGGCUAUCACGGAGGAACUCUCUCCUUCCCAGACCCUCUGAACCCUGUCAACACUAACCUUCCUCACGACUUCGUUCUCGCACCUUACAACGAUAUCGAAGGCACGAAAGCAGCCUUGUCGUUCCUUCCUCAAAAUACGCUAGCUGCCAUCCUCGUUGAGGGCAUCCAAGGAAGUGGAGGAUGUAUAGUUGGAGAUCCCAAGUUUUUAAAAUUCCUCGAAACUACCGCCCGCCAACUUGGGGCUGUGUUCAUCAUGGACGAAGUGAUGACUUCUCGCUUAGCGUACAAUGGCCUCUCUGCAUCCUUAGGACUCAAGCCAGAUCUGGUCACACUAGGAAAGUGGGUAGGCGGAGGAAUGACUUUCGGUGCUUUCGGCGGCAGGAAAGAUAUCAUGAGCAUGUUUGAUCCUAGAUACGGGAUCCUUGGACAUUCAGGCACAUUCAACAACAAUGUCAUCACGAUGGCAGCUGGGUGUUGCGGGAUGGACGUUUAUGACGAGCAUGAAGUGGAAAGGUUGAAUGCCCUUGGUGAUGAUUUACGCCAGCGUAUCGAGAAUCUCCUCGUCGAGUUCGGAAUCAGGAAGCUGAAACCAAAAACUUCAUUCUCCAUCACACAGAAAAGUGAACUCGAAUGCCCAUUUACCGGUCUGGUCCCGGACGGCAAACGAAUUCCUUCUUCUCAGCUUCAGACGAAUUCAAUGGGUGUCACAGGGCAAGGAAGUAUGAUGAACAUACAUUUCUACGGACCGAGUGAGAACACUCUCAAGACUCUGUUUUGGCAUCAUAUGCUUGACUACGGCAUUUAUGUGGCGCAGAGAGGAUUUGUAGCGCCGAAUCUGCAAUUGACGGAUGAGCAUGUGAGGCGAUUUGAGGAAGCGACGAGAGACUUCAUCGUCAAAUAUGAGGAUGCCUUGAGAUAAAAAAAAAAGUAUUUUUGCCAUGUGAAGCGAUCUCAUCUUUCAUUUUCAGGAUUGGUCAUACUUUUUCAAACACC